UGUACUUUAUUCAGCAAAAUUAAAAAAAAAAAAAAAAAAAAGGAAAAAAAUAGCGACUUUGUACUUUGAGGAAUUUAACAAAGAACAACCCAGAAACGAAAAGCUUAUUCAUUUUAAUGGCGUAAGUCAGCCAUGGCGUCAUCGAGAUCGUUGAUUCUCCGCCGCUUUACGUCGUACGUCACCGCUCAAAUCCAACGGAACCACAGACUCCUCAGCUCCGCUUCUUCCUCUGCUCUUCGCGAAGCUUCUUUUUCGUCUGAAUCGUCUCCGUCUUCCGAUGCCGUUCAUAUUACAGAGAAUUGUGUUCGCAGAAUGAAAGAACUACAAGCUAGUGACGAAUUAUCAGGAGAGAAGAUGCUUCGCUUGAGUGUAGAAACGGGGGGAUGCUCUGGUUUCCAAUAUGUUUUUGAUCUGGAUGACAUAGCUAACCCAGACGACAGGUUUUUUGAGACUGAAGGAGUCAAAUUGAUUGUGGACAAUAUCUCAUAUGAUUUUGUAAAAGGGGCAACAGUUGAUUAUGUUGAGGAGCUUAUUCGUUCAGCUUUUGUGGUGACUACAAAUCCAAGUGCAGUUGGCGGGUGCAGUUGUAAAAGCUCUUUUGUGGUGAAACUGUAGCUCUGCGAUUAAUUGACAAUAAUCUCCUUCAGCUGUAGAGGAUAAACGUCCAAUUUUUUAGAACAAGAGUCGCAGAAACCCAUGUUCAUUCGUUUUACAUUGUUAUUUAUAUAACAGGAGGCUUGUAUUGUACCAACUACUUGUUAUUGAGAUUUGUUCUCUUC